UUAUACUUGUUACAGUCAAGGCAUUUCCACAGUGGUUGUUUUCAUUAUGGCAAACUGUGUUCUUGUUAGCAUGUGGGUUCAUAAAAGAAACUCAUUCAAGAACAUUAAACAUGAACAGGUCUGCCCAUUUUUUUCCAUCUUGCUAAAAUUAUGCUUAAAAUAACACUUUAUUUUAGCAUUUAUUCUCCCUAUCCAGUUUCACGCAAAGCAUGAUGAAAAGUUGUCAUCUUUUUCCAUGUUUGCUACUUUUAACCAGCAACAACAAUCACUUAUGUAAUCACAGCUCAAACGGAUUAAGUAAAUUGACUGAGCACAAUGAAAUUGUGAAAAAUCUUGAAAGAAUUGUUUAACUUGUUUUAAGUGCAUUGAGGUAAAAUCCAUGUUUCAUGCCAUAUUUGCCUGUCCCCAGUUUCUUAGAAAUAUUAUGACUGGUUAAAUGCACCUGUUCUGUUUGCUCUGUCUGUAAAGAUGUGCUGUGAUUGGUCACACCAUCACACUCAUUUGUCAUUGUCUGUAUAUCAGUUUAAGUAAGAGAGAGUCAGUGUCAUCGUGUACAAUUCUGUCAUCAACUGAGAGAACCUCUUCACUCAAUGAAGAUGAAGACAACACUUGCUGUGCUGCUAGUCAUGGAGCUCUACGGACUCUCCUCUGGUCUCAUUAAGCAACAUUUCUUUGUGAAAGAUGAGAAGACAUGGGAUUCUGCAAAUAACUACUGCAAAACUAAUUUUCAUGUCUUCUCCACCUUUACCAAUGACAACGAGCAACAGCAAUUUUUGGAAUAUGCAGUUAAUGAAUCUUAUGAUGCCUGGGUUGGACUCUAUACAGAAUCAGGAGUCUGGAAGUGGUCUGGAGGUGAAAUUGCAACACAAAUUAGCUGGGAUACUGAUCAACCAGAUAAAAUUGAUGGCUGUGCUUUUAUACACAAAGGUCUUAAGAAACUACAUGAUGCAGAAUGCACUGCUAAAUAUGCCUUUUUCUGUAUGACCGUAUCAGAGUUUCUUCUGGUGCGUCAGAAAGAGACCUGGGAUGGAGCUCUGGAAUACUGCAGGACUCAUUAUAAUGAUCUGGCAAGUCUGAGCACAAUAAACAGGAUGCAUUCUGCUUUACCGGAAAUGACAAGGACUGAAACAGAAUAUGUGUGGACUGGUCUGCGCUUUCUAGCAGGGGACUGGUUCUGGGUCAAUGGAGAUGAUCUUGACAACAUAGCCUGGUAUCAGAGGAGACUGCCCCAGUGUCCUGACAGAGACCUUCGUUGUGGAGCCCUGGACAAGCAAACAAAGCUUUGGACACACAGAAACUGUGAGGAGAAGCUCAGCUUUGUUUGUCAGUAG